AUGGCUACUGUCACUGAUGAGAAGGUCUCUCUCCCUGAUCUGAGCGGUCCAACCAUGAUGGAGACCUCAGUCACUCUUUGGGAACUCCUCCUCAGCUGGACGGAAAUCUGCAUGGACAUGGGCAUCAAGGCCCACGAUCUGGCCAAGCUCUGCUGCCCGCAGCCUGAGAAUGACCUGAUCACUGCGGUUGAUGCGCACAAAUACAUUGAAGCCGUCAUGUUUACGAUCGCUGAGGACAAGGCACUUGUCGAGGCCUGGCAGAAGAAGCUGGCCGACCUGAAGGCCAAAGCCGAAGAGACGAGCCAGCCUGCUCUCGCUCUCGCUGCUGGUGCUGACUCUGCCUCUGCUGCCGUGGACAAGGACACUCUCUCUGCUCCUGCUCCUGCUGGCGCUGGCCUUGCUGACCCCGCUACUUUCAUGGCGAAGUGGCGCACGCUGGCCACCCAGCUUGCCCCCGUGGUGACCACCACCACUCCUGUUGUUGUCUUCAAGAAUCUCCCUGACUGGGCUUGCGUCUCUGACGUGUUGUCCCUGGUGCACGGUGGUGUUGUUGACCGUGUCUCGAUCGAAAACGGUGAGGCUGUCGUCAUCUUUACCGACGCCGAAGCCUGCAAGAAGUACGCUGGCCUGCAUGAUAAGGGCAUUCGCGUUGGUGGCGAUGGCGAGCAUAUUGUCGCUGUUGAGCUGAGCGACCUAUCGGAUGCCAUCGACGCUGAGCACGAGGAGGCCAUCAAGGCCGGCGCGACCCGUGUCGUUCGUGCGGUUCCUGUUCUCCAGACGCUCACCUUCGCCCAGCUGCAGGCUGUCAGCCUACAGGAUGCCUACAAACUGGAGCACCUGAGCUAUCUCGCUGCUGCGAACGGGGCUGGUGUCGCCCGUUUCUACUUCUGCAGCAUCGCCGACUCGAUCAAGUUCGCUGCUUCGAUCAAGGACUCUCAGGAUUGGAAGGAGUGCGAUGUGGAGUUCGAUACUGACCCCUGCCAGGUCGCAACCGCUUUCCACUCGAAUGCGCCGUCUGCCCGUAUGGCCAGCGCGAUUGCCGUCACUGACCAGCAGUGA